AAAAUAUCAUUCGAAUCACUUAAUUAUAAUAUCAAGAAAUGGCUACAUUAAAAUGCUCCCAUGUUGCACUCCUUGCAUUUCUAAGCUUGGUCCUGUGUUCUGCACACAGAAUUCUUCCUAAUGAGGCUGGAACCAACCAAGACCGCAUCGUUCGCAGCAUGGAGGACAUUACUGAUACUGAGCAUGCAUGGAACGGCCACGUUUUAAGUAAUGGAGGUGGAGGGGGAGGCGGGGGCGGUUUUGUGAGCACCCCGACUUUUGGUGGUGCCCCGGUAGUUGGAUCUGCUGGUGGUUAUGGAAGUGGGAGUGGCAGUGGAAGUGGAAAUGGCAAUAAUGGGGGCAUUAGCAAUGGAGGCGGAGGAGGAGGUGGUGGUGGCUGGGUUGGAGGCGUACCAAGUUUUGGUGUCCCAAAUUUUGGUAUCCCAGGAGUUGGUGCUCCGGGUUAUGGCAUCCCGGUCGGAGGAAAUGGUGGUGGAUUUGGGUUCGGUGGUGGAUUUGGUUCCGGUUCAGGGGGCAAUGAUGGAGGCAGUCCACCAGGAUAUGGAGAAGGACCAUGGGUUCCUCCGCCGAAUUACCACUGCCGACCAAUGAACUGUGGCAAUCCCUAUGGUUGUCCUGGAUUCACCAUGUACUUCAGUCACCAUGCACACAUGAAUUCACCUGCAUCCAAUAUGCCAGAAGAGAGUACUGGCGAUGCCAUGGCUCCUGCAGAAUCACACUAACCAGAUUUCAUGCACUGUUUACCUAAAAAUGGUUACUUUGUAAAGAAAAGUUAAUGCUUAUGGUAUUAAUUAAUAAAACAUCAGCUUCUGCUUCUA